AUGGCGGCGGCUGCCUCCAGCGCGUGGAAGACGAGGUGGCUCCGGCCAGAGGCCUACCCGAUCUUCGCGGCGACCGGCGUGGCCGUCGGGAUCUGCGUCAUGCAGCUCGUGCGCAACAUCACCACCAACCCAGAAGUCCGGGUGACCAAGGAGAACAGGGCAGCCGGGAUCCUCGACAACCACGACGAGGGCCGGCGCUACUCCCGCCACCCGUUCAGGAGGUUCAUCGACGGCAAGUCUUCCGAGAUCAUGCCGUCCAUCAACAACUUCUUCACCGACCCCUCAAAGUAGACGACGAGAUCUUCUCUCAAAGAACGGGAUUCUUUCUUUCGCAGCAAGUUUUCUUCUUGAAACAAAAUUGCCAUUAUUUCCCCCGAAUUCGAGUAUGUAUUAAUUAUUAGCCAUGAUUGAUUGCCUGGCUGUGU